GUCGACAUUGGGAAAGGCGCUGUCAUGAUGUCUUCACUGUGCACGGACUCUUAAAAUUUUCCACCCACUGGCGCAACGAUGAUGAAACAAACCGCGCAUGAAAAUCAGUCCCUUGUAUAAAGGCGCCUUCAAAAUUUCCCAUUCUUCUCUACUCUUUACUUCGUUCCAAAUGGCCACAGCAGCAGCAAAUCAAUUCAACAUGCGUCCAGUUACCCCUCCGCAUGAUGAAAGUCUUCUUAAAAAAGACAGCAACUUGAGGAAUAUGAACCUUUCUGGUGUCGCACACGGGGUUGACCACACCGCCAAUGGUACUUGACACACGUUCUGAUAAUCAAGAAAGCUUUGAUUUGAAAAUGCUCACUCAUCCUCUUUACCUAGAUCCUACCACUAUGGUGUCAACGCAUUUGCAAAGUUUGAUCUACUGGGAAAGACCUGCUCGUUCCAUGGUGGCUUUGACUGUAUCCCUCUUGUUUAUUUAUAUGACCAGACAGUACUCCCUAUUGCAAAUUGGAGCUGCAGCCAUGACCGUCGCCACUGGCUUGAAUUUGGCCUACGUGUUUACCUCGAUGAGCGCCCAGCAAAUCUUCAGCGAUAACAACGAGCCUGCCCUUCAUCCCCAUAGACAACGUAUCAAUAACCCUAAUCCUUUGGUCGACAAGACCCACCUUCAUCACUAUGUUGACUUGUUUUGCGAGAUCAUGGAUACUGUUGGAAAGGAAGUCAAGAAGAUUGUUCUGAUCGAGGACAAGAGCCGUAGUUUGACCUGGUUUGCCAUUUCCUUCAUUGUCUGGACCUUUGCUGCCCACAUUUCAUCCCGCACUCUGGUCGUUAUUUCCCUCCUUGCUGCCUUCACUCUUCCUCGAUUCUACCAAUCUAACAAGCAUGUUGUUGACUCUCGUAUUGCCCAAACCAACUCUAUGCUUAGUGGACAACUCCACAACGCUCAAAACUUGGCCGUUCAAUCUGCCAAUGAUGCCUAUGCCAAGGCUCGCACCUAUGCUGCUCGUACCGGCACCACAGGAACCGAUGCCAAAAAUACUUUGAAUAGAGCUUCAGUUGUAAGCAAGGAGGAUUAAAAUCAAAAAUGAUAUUGUAAAUGUUCAUCGCAUAUAUUGUAUAAAAAAUAAAUCACCGUCGUACUUUUUUUCUUGAAAGAUGAAAUUGUGGAAACAAUGUCGCUCGUUCAUGUCACGUGCAAAAUUCACUGGCGGACUGAGGGGACUUUUUGGUU